UAUUCUGUGUUUGUGAUGACGUGGACCUUUUACACUUUCGCAGCAUAACAGAAAGCUAGCGGUCUUGGAGUGUUGUUAAAGAAAAUAAUAAUAAUAUACAUUACAUUACAUUAACUAGGGCGAUCAAACAUGAGGCGCGCAGGUUUGGGAGAAGGAGUACCUACGGGUAAUUAUGUUGCCAGUGGAUACAGUGUAUAUGAAGAGGAAAAUGAACAAUUAUCAGAAGGUCUGAAAGAAAAAGUAAAUGCUCUAAAAUCACUUUCCAUUGAUAUUGGAACAGAGGUAAAAUACCAAAACAAGAUGUUAGUAGACAUGGACACAGAUUUCGACUCAACAGGAGGUCUUUUGGGAGCAACUAUGGGCAGACUCAAACUUCUCUCUCGAGGCAGUCAAACAAAACUCUUCUGCUAUGUGUUGCUUUUUGUCCUCUUUGUGUUCUUCGUCCUAUACUGGAUUAUCAAACUGAGGUGAUGCAACAUAAAGAUUCCCAUAGCCGUGUGCCACUGCUUUGGACUAAGAAUUUACAAGUUGUAAAAAUACAAUUUGUACUGGAAGAUAUUGUUCUCGUAAUAGGUCUUUUGCGUUCAUUGGAAAUUAACUAUACAAGUAAUGUUGGUACAUACAAGUUUCAUUCCAAAAUGGUUUCACAAAAGAAUGAAUAAGAAUUUACAAUAGAUUAAAAGUAUUACUAAUGUAAACAAGAAAGAAAUCAAUUUCCUUGCAUUCUGAUCUAUUUCAUGAAGACUUCAAUAUUUUUCAGAGGCGGGGGGGAUGACACCAUUUAUAAAAAUGAAAUAUAGUUUGAAAUAUUUGCAGUAUGUAUGUGUGAAUAAUAUUUUUUUUAAUUUAAGAAAUGUUAUGGUAAAAUAUUAAUUUUCAUUUACACAUAAGCAGUACAUAUUGAAUUUUGAAUAAUACUGUAAAGAAAACUCCCACCUAGACAGCUUUUACGUUUCAAGCAUUUACUAAACAGUGCUCACUGAUAGGAAAAUCUGAUCUAUAUACAAAAGCACUAAAACUGUACAAAUCAUGGUUUAUUUGAUAAUUUCUCACUUGUAAAAUCAAUGCUCUAGAAUGUCAAUGUGCCAGAUACAAAAUGGUAUAAGUAUUUAAAGUAGGGGUUUCUAUCAAACAAAUGAGUUAAUCCGGAAAUCAAAUCCGUCUUGGUAAUCACUAAAUCCAAAAAUGAGCACUUAACUGCAGCCUUUGUCAGGGUACUGGAUAGAUUCAUUUUAAUAUAAAGGUUAGUAUUUUGCUGAAUGCGUUUGUUUUGGACAGUGCAUGCUGUUUGUGUAUAGCUUAGAACAUUCCAAUAAAGUAAGAUUUAGAACCCUGUCUGCAAAUAAAUGAUGCUGUUAACAAGACAUCAUUGUUGGCCAUACUUCAGUUGCAUAUUAAUUUAAUAGUCAUAACUGUGAUUAUUAGUGAUUUUACAGGAAUGAGAUCACAUUGACAAAAAGCUGUGCACAUUGACAUGAUGUAAGAAUUUAAUAGUCAUAACUACGAUUGUCAUGGUUAGUGAUUCUACAGGAAUGAGAUCACAGCCGCUCAUUGACAAAAAGCUGUGCACAGGGACAUGAUGUAAGAAUUCCAUAUUUUUUUUAAGUAAAUACUGAGACAUUUUAAACAAAAUGUUAUAAAUAUGUUACAAAUCAAUUACUACAGUAGCGGUGAAAUUCCACAUUUAAAUUCUGGAAUCAGAAGUCUGAUCUCCAUGGAGAGUUUGGGUAACGACCAUCGAAGUGCUAGCUGCCACGACACAAGCUGUCCACUAACUUCCGAAGUAGACAUCUGCAUAGGACCGGAUGUUGCCCAUACAGGAACUGCUCACGCACCACUGUACAUUCAAACGAACUAAUGCGCUAUGUAUUGUGUGUGCUUAAGUGUACUCUUUUUAUUGAAAAUAACACAAAAAUGGGGUAAUGUAAGUCAAUUCAGGCAGGUAACCUCCACCUUACUUUCAGCCUUGGCAGUUGAACUGCUUCUCCAUCUACAGUGUAUCUCACUACAAGCUGAGAUGGUAAUAAACAUUCAGGCUCUGAUUGCUUUGAAAAGGGAGGAACGAAUGCCAGAAGUCAAAUCAAGCAGUCAAAAUGCUGUGCUACACGAUCAUUUCAAAUGUAUUAAUAUGUGUAAUAAAAUAUUGCAACUUG